CACCAAGAGCUUGGCAACUCUGCAAAUGUGCGAAUGGGAAUCGAAAAAUACAGCACGUAUUCUACUACGAAAAUAAAUAAAUAAACACGGAUAUUAGGAGACGGGCAGGAUAGAAUGUCUGCGCGAAUGCUGAAGAAGCUGCAGGGCGACGCUGACAAGCUGGCGCCGCCACCGGAGGACGAGGAUUGCGAGGAGCUGUCGGACAAUGAUGAACUGGAGGACAGCGACAUGCGUCGCGACCGCAAGUCGCACCUGAAUCCAUUCGAUUUGCUCAAUCAACCCGGUCUGAGUCUCUCCGAAAGCGAAUUCAAGGAGGACGACAAUGAAACGGAGCACCCCUCAGCCGCCCUGCCGAAUUCCACUGCCACUGCGGCCAAGAAGAAGAAAAAGAAGCGCAAGAAGAAGGCCAAGUCCAGUGGCAACCACAUCAGCAGCGAGGACAACGAGCGCCAGGACAAGUACUUCGAGAAGGUGGAUCCGCUCCUUGGCAAGGUCUACGAUGCGGUGCCCAGGCAAUCGGCGAAACAGCUUGCUUCCGCCGCCGCCGCCGGAAGCUCUGCCACCAAGAAGCUUUUGGCCGUGGAGCUGCGACACCUGAAUUCGCAGAACGAGAUGCGACGCACCUUCGGCAAGAGAGUGGUCAAAGUGGAAACAAAGCGGGGCAGACAGAAGCCCACGUUAAAGUCGACCUACAUGGUGACUGCCAAGGAAUCGUGGCCGGCGCUGACCAAGAACACCAUCACCAUGAAGUUGCUGCCCGCCCCCGACUCGCCAUCUGUGUCCUCCAAAUCCAUCACGGAAAGUGGGGCCGAAAUCCAGUGGUUCGCCUUUGAGCACAGUCAGUACUACCAGGGAGUGCAGCACAUGUUUCUGUCCGCCCUCGAGCGCAUUGACUCGGAAUUCCUGAUUACACUGAUCAAACGAUGCCCCUACCAUGUGGACUCCCUGGUGCAGCUGAGCGAGGUGUGCAAGAUGACGGAAGACUUCGCCCUGGCCUCCGAGCUGUUAGAGCGCGCCCUACUCCUUCUGGAAUCGUCGCUGCACAUCAACUUCAGUCUGACAUCGGGCAACUGCCGAUUGGACUACCGCCGCCAGGAGAAUCGAUCCUUCUACAUCGUGCUAUUCAAGCACGCCCAGUACCUGGAAGAGCGCGCCUGCAGCCGCACGGCCUUCGAGAUUUCCAAACUGGUGCUUAGUCUGCAGCCGGACAUGGACCCGCUUGCCAUGAUAUUGGUCAUUGACUACUAUGCUCUGCGCAGCAAGCAGUUUGGUUGGCUAGUGGAGUUCUACGAGGAGUACAAUGCCGCCAGGAACCUCAAUCAGCUGCCCAACAUGGCCUACUCGUACGCUUUGGCUCUGCACACACUCUAUGGCGCCUGUGAGCGCUCCAACCAAGCGCUUCAGUACGCCCUGCUCAUGUUUCCGGGUGUGCUGCGUCCUUUACUGGACGAGAUGUCCGUGCAGACCGAUAAACGGGUGCUGGCCUCUUCGUACUUCUUUGCGGAUGUGUCGGGCAAUCAAUCGCCUGCCCUGCACCAGCUAGUGUGCCUGUAUGUGUGCCGUGCCCGAGUCGUUUGGCGUCAGAAUGAGGUGCUACCAUGGUUGGAAUCCAACGUGAAUAUAGUGCUAGAUCGCAUUGACAGUAAGGAUCCCCUGGUCGACGAAUACAAGGAGAAACGAUCGCUGCGGUAUGGUGGAACUCCACCAAAGCCAAUCCUGCGGCACGUAAUACUUUCUGAUUACAAGGAAAAGGUACCUCUGGCCGUCUUCGUGUCCAAGGAAAAGCAAGCCAUUAUGACCUAUGACCCACUGCCGCCACCGAACAGCGUCAACUGCUACCAGCGAAAAUCUUCGUCAAGUAGCAGCCCCACAACGAACACGAACAAUUCCGUUUCAAUGUUUUUCCAAUCGCUCUUGCCUUCGUUCAACAUCAACAACCUGGCUCAAGCUGCUCAGCCCCAGGAAGCAGGAGAAGCACCACUCGCAGGAGCAGCAGCAGCAGCAGCAGCUAUACCUGCUAACUUUGAAGCGGGCAUUGAAGCAGGAGCUGUCGGAGUCGCAGGAGCCAACGGAGAAACAGAAGAAGCAGGACUGCAGCAAUCGCUGACCCUUAUGAUGGAUGCCAUGCGGGACUUCCUCCAGAAUUUCCGGAUCGCCGAGCACUUGCGCUCACCGGAAACGGCGGCGGCGCAAUCUUCGAGCAGCAACGACGAGGAGGAGGGCUCCUCCGACUACGUUGAUUAGUCAAUUUGUCAAUUACGUGAAUCGUAACAAAGUUUAUCGGAUUUGGGGCUUGAAACUUGUCUUUACGGAAACCACCUUUUGCUAUUCCCUCAGCUAAGCGACACCGUCACAAAAUUAAAUAAAUAUAUAAUAUAUAUAUAUAUUAGAGCAAUUUGAACACAUACAGAACAUAUGAACUUAUAUGCAUUGAAUAAAAUUUUCCAGUACAAGCUUUAGAUCAAAAGCGACGACCGUGUUGAGCUUAAAGAUUGUUUUAUUGAUUUAUUUAAUGCCUUUUCAAUUACGCUUAUCAAUAUAACAAACAGAUUUCUCAUCAA